GAUUCAUGUAAAAUCAAAGAAACAUAAUUUUCACAUAAUUGAUCAAGAUUAUCAUCAUCAUCAUAAUAAUAAUAUCUAUUAUAUCAUAUACAUAAACUAAUGGCUUAUCGACGUUUAAGUAUGAGUCCUGGUGAAGCAUUACAAACUGAAAUACCUGAAGCAAGACGUAUGGAAAAUUAUCGAUCUGGAAAUUGUUUAUUAAGUUAUUUUGAUCCAAAUACAAAAAAGUUUCGUAAUUUCACAGCUUCACAAUUUGGUGAUGUUUGGAAUCAUUUCGAUCAAGAUGGUAAUGGAUUUAUAGAUGGUGAAGAACUUGAAAUGUUCAUGGGCAAACUAGUCGAAUGUAUCAUACCGAAACAUGCUAGAAAUCAACUAUCAGAGGAUGAUACUCGUGAAUUAGUUAAUGAGUUAUUAAAAGUCAUCGAUACGAACAAUGAUAAUCGAAUCGAUAUUAGAGAGCUGGCUCAAUUACUUCCAACUGAUGAGGAGUUUUUAAUUUUAUUUCAACGAGAAAAUAAGCUAAACUCCAGUGUUGAUUUUAUGAAAGUAUGGAGAGAAUUCGACAAAGAUCAUAGUGGAUUUAUUGAAGCAGAUGAAUUAAAAGAUUUUCUAACAGAACUUCUAUCAUUUGGAAUACAUAAAGAUGAUGAAAAAUUUGAUGAAAAGAUUAUUGAAUAUACUGAUACAAUUUUAAAAUUAUUCGAUCAUAAUCGAGAUGGUAAAUUACAACUAAGUGAAAUGUCUCGUUUAAUACCAGUGGAAGAGAACUUUUUAUGUCGUCCAAUAUUUAAACAUGCUGGUAAAAUUACAGCAGCUGAUGUAGAUCGUGUUUUUGCAUUGUAUGAUACAGAUAAAAAUGGAACCAUUGAAGAUCUUGAAUUGUAUGGUUUCUUAAAAGAUCUUCUUGAACUUGUUGAAGAAGAUUUUGAUGAAGCAGAUCUUGAUUAUACACGAUCUAUGAUUUUACAAAAUUGGGAUUUUAAUAAUGAUGGAAAAAUUAGUUUGGAAGAAAUGCGUAUGCUUUUGUUAGCUUACAGUUCAAAAGAUUCAAAAAUAGAUAAUGAUAAUUAUCAUAAUGAUGGUUCUAAAACUAGCAACAAAAAAAUAUCUGUGGUUAAAUCUAAUCCAAAACAUUCAACUGGAGAGAAUGUAGAACGUCAAAACAUUAUUAAAACCACUUGGUCAAAACGGAAAUGAAUAAAACAUAAGUAACAAUCACUAUUUUAUGUGUGAGUUCUUUAUAAAGUACCACUUUUCAGUGAAAAUAAUUUGGCUGUAAUAAACGGUGAAGAUUUAAUAAAUAAAACGCAAAUAAUGUGUAAUUAUAUGACAAAUAUACGAAAUUCUAUGUU